AUGGUCACCCUGGCGAGUCCCCGGGCACUGCCCUCGUGCCUUGUCCUCUUGUCCCUUGCGGUGCAGCUAUGUUCUGCGUCGAUGGCGGCGUGGUGGGUUGGCGACAAGAGAGCGCCGCAGAUUCUACGUUGGAACGCAACCCUGGGCGCUAUAACGUACAGCAGCUGCAAUACCAAGGACACGCCUGUGUUUCCUCUCGAUCCUCCAAACGUCCUGGACGUGGCUCAAACACCUCGCAAUGGGACCUCGUUGACGGGGCAGGGUUGGUGGAAUUCCAAGACUACUGCUGCGUCGAUUUUUUACCAAGCCGACGAUGGCUCUUUGAUCAACACUUACCAGGAGUGCGACAUGAGCACGGGCAAGUUCCGCCGCCUGACUACCGAAAACAUCAGCAAAGAUGCGCCGUCGCCCAUCCACCCAGAGUCGGGUCUGGCGUCGGUCGUCCUUGCGAACGAUGGAACUAAUGAGGGCUACCGUGUUUUUUACCAUGACGACAAGAAACAGGUCAACGUGAUCGGGUUCAGGCCUGCGACCUCAAAGUUUUACUACAACGGCAUCGUGUCGCAGGAUGUGCCCUCGGGUAUGGCCCUCGCCGCCGCGUUCAACUCAAACAAGAACUAUUCGGUCGUGUUCCCCAGGGACGGUGAAAAUCUCGAGCACGCGCGUGCGACGGCUGAUGAUGGCAGGCAUGGGAUCAGCAUCUCGUGGGACCAUACAUGGAAGAGGGGGAUGGAUGCCCUGCUCAAGGCGGCAUAUACUGACAAGGCCCACCCUGUCCCAGCAAUCCUACCCCGGCCUCUCAAGCAUUCCAGCGUCGGCAACAUGACGAGCCUGGCCAACCGCACAGACCUCGUCCUCGACAACGACUUCAACGUGACCUCUCUGCGCCUCCCCGGCUGGACCUCGAACCCGAAGCUCGCCUUGUCGACCGACAGCGGCACCAAGCGCAACGUGUUUUGGCUUGGGUCCGACCGCCGCCCGCACAAGCUCUACAUCACGACGCAGGGCUGGGCGCAGUCGGACCCCAACGUCAGCGUGGACGAGUGGCCGACCGCCGACGCCGGCUCGGACCUUGCCCUCGCCUACGAGCGCGGCACUGACAACGUCCGCCUCUACUACGUCGUCGGUGGCCGCCUCACCGAGCUCAGGCACGACAAGGCUCGCUCCGGAAACGGCUACGAGUGGAAGAUCGCCGCGCCCCUGGCCGUCGUCGCGCCCCCUGCCGACAGCUCGUCCAACGGCGGCGGCAGCAGCUCCACGGACUCUAACAACGCCAGCCCGACCACGGGCCAGGAGACGGCAGACUCGCAGUCCGGCGGUGACGGCGGUCUGUCGACGGGCGCCAAGGUGGGGCUCGGCGUUGGCAUCGCCCUCGGAGUCGUCGCGGUGGGCGCGGCCUUGUUGAGCCUGUGGUACGUGCGCCGGCUCAAGAGGACGCAGGCGGCGGCCAGGGCCCGGGCCGACGAGGAGGAGGAGGAGAAAAGGCGGCGUUACGAGCAGGCGCAGCAGGAGCAGCAGCAGUACAAUCCGUACCAAUACCAACAAAUCCAACAGCAACACUACCCGCAGAGCAACGGGACGAGCCAGUUCGGCAGCGAGAUGGGCAGCCCCGAGACGACGUACCACUACGGCGGCUACGUGUCGGAUAAGAAGGUGCCGCUCGCGUCCGCGUCGCCCGUGCCGCAGGAGAUGAAUGCCACCCCAGCCGUCUACGAACUGCCCGAGCAGAGGCGCGCGACCGAGAUGGACGGAGGGAUCGAUCUCAUCUCGCCGCAGAGCACGCUCCGGUGA